AUGCCGGUGGCCUGGCUGGAGAAGACCAUGUGGAACCUGGGCCUGGAGGUGUACAAGCAGACCUUCUCCCGGACGCUGCCCUUCCCGGACGAGCUGCGAGAGAGAUACAUGGUGAAGGGGACCAACGUGUACGGGAUCCUGAGGGCCCCCCGAGGGGCCAGUACGGAGUCCCUGGUGCUGAGCGUCCCCUGCAGCCCCGGGCAACAGAACAACCAGGCCGUGGGGCUCAUGCUGGCCUUGGCCUCCUACUUCCGAGGUGCUUUUGCUCAUCUUGGGGCCUUUGGGUCAAAAUGAUGAGUUGAAGGCCUAUCGU